AUGGGAGAGGGACAUUCAUGUUCUAUUGCCACAGGUAAUAAACUUCAAUUAUCUCGAGGGUUUGGCUCUUCUCUUCAUUCGACAACAAUUGUUAAUUUCUCAGUUCGUUUCAUUGAUAUAAUGAGUUUGGAUAAGCUCUAUGCUGCUCUACCAAAUUUAAAACGUCUUGCCAUGUUUCCAUGUAUAGAAGAACAAAAUAACUAUAUUCCUAUACAUUCACUCAAUUCUAAUCCACCACGUUCACUCAAAUAUUUACAUUUACACCUUGUAAGAUUAGGAGCUUUUCCAUUUGAAUAUAUUGAAUUGUUGCUACAGACAUUUCCACCAACACAGCUCGAAUGUCUCUCAAUAUUUGAAGUGGCAACCGAUUAUUCUUACAGUGAUAGUAAAUCAUGGUUUUCGAUUUUAACAAUGCCAACAUUAAACUUAAAACAGUUACGAAUAAGGUUAGAUUCCAAAGAUUUCAGUGUCUGUUUGGUACAGCGACUUCGUCAACAUUUUGGUGAUGAAACACAAAUUAUUUACUUGGAGACAGAUCCACAUAUUACAAGGUGA